GGACAAUGAAAACUAGUUUCUAUGUACAAGCCACUUGGACUUGUUUGUCGAAACAGGAAAAUACAUGAACUAUAAAUUACCAGGACCAUAUCUUCUUCCCACUGUAUUUGCGUGAAGACGAUGCAAUAAUUAACAAAGGAAGCCGAAUCCGUGUAGGAUAUUAAUUCUAAUUCGCCCUAAUCCUUGUAAAAUGUGGACUUUAUUCCCACUAAUUUCGCCUUUAAGUAACUCCACAGGCCGAGCUUAAUAAAUAACUGAACAGAACACGAACAGAGCGAAAAUCCCAAAGCGGAAGAAUUUCCCAAACCCUAUCGGAGACAACGAUUCCGUCGGCCGCCACCGCCACCGCCACCGCCACCGCCACCGCCAUCUCCAAUCAUGGAUCCAGAAGACUACUAUGGCAGCCACGAUGAUGAUUACAUGAUCGACGUCGACGAUGAACCCAGUGAUUUCGUGGAGGAAGAGGACCGAAAGCCCAACACCGCUGCUUUCUCAACCCUCAGCAAAGAGGACAUCGAUCGCCGCCAGGAGGAUCUGAUCGCCGAUGUUUCCACCUUCCUCUCCGUCCCGAGAGCCGUCGCAAUCGCGCUCCUCUACAAGUUCAAGUGGGACUCCGACUUGGCCCAGGAGAACUGGUUCUCCGACGAGGAGGAGAUGCGCCGCCGCUACGGCCUGACUGCCGCUCCGGCUCCGCCUCUGGCGGCGGUGAACAGAAACAGCCACGAAUGCAAGAUUUGUUACGAGACGUUCGAGAUAAAAAACCUCGCCUCGCUCUCCUGCGGCCAUUACUUCUGCAGCACCUGCUGGUCGAGGUACAUCGAGCUGAGCAUCGACGACGGCGCAGGGUGCCUGACCCUCCGCUGCCCGGAGCCCAAUUGCCCCGUCCUGGUCUGCCAAUCGACCGUCGGAGCCCUAAUUAGCGACCGCCGGUACGCGGAGAAGUACGCCCGGCUCCUCCGCCGGUCCUACAUCGAGGGGAAAUCGGGCCACAAGUGGUGCCCUGCCCCCGACUGCGAGACCGCGGUCAAAUUCGAGGUCGGGGAGAAGUCCAAUUACGACGUCGUCUGCGACUGCUCGCACGAGUUCUGCUGGAACUGCUCGGAGGACGCGCACCGGCCACUCGACUGCGCGACGGUGCUGCGGUGGAUCCGGAAGAACAGUUCAGAUUCGGAGAACGUGAAUUGGGUUUUGGCGAACACCAAGGCCUGCCCCAAAUGCCGGCACCCGAUCGAGAAGAACCAGGGCUGCAACCACAUGGUCUGCAAGUGCCGGCACCAUUUCUGCUGGAUGUGCCUCGGCGACUGGAAAAAGCACGGCCAAGGAUCGGGAGGGUACUACACAUGCAAUUCGUACGAGGCGAAGAAGGCCGAGGGGAAAUUGAGCGAGGAGGACGAGAAAAGGCAGCACGCGAAGCGGCUGGUGGAUCGGUACGCGCACUACUUCGAGCGGUGGGCGGGGAAUCGGACGGCGAGGAAGCGGGCGGCGGCGGAUCUGGAGAAAUUGAGGGCGGAGCAUUUCCCGCAGCUGGUGUACGACUACAGGCUGACGUACACCGAAUUGGACUGUGUGGUGAGGGCGUGGAUGCAGAUCAAGGAGUGCCGGCGGGUGCUGGAGUGGACUUAUGCGUACGGUUAUUACCUGGGGGAGGAGGAGGAGGAGGGCGGCGGCGGAGGAGGUGGGAGGAAGAAGGCGAAGAAGGAUUUGUUUGAGUUUUUGCAGGCGGAGGCGGAGACGAUUUUGGAGAAGCUGCAUAAUUGCGCGGAGAAGGAGAUUUCGCCGUUUAUUAAUGCCGCCGCCGCCGGCGGUGGAGGGGAAGAACGAGUGGUGGAGGAAUCGGAGCGGAAGGAGUUUUUCGAGUACAGGUUGAAGCUGCAGGGGCUGACGAAUACGACGGGGAAUUCGUUCGAGCGGCUGGUGAGUGGAUUGGAGAACGGGUUGGAGGAUUGAACACAGGUGAAUAGUGAUUUUUUUUAGGUAACAACGUUGUUCUCAUUGUUAAUUUUGAGAAUUUGCUAUUUUGUGUAUUUAAUCGAUAUUAAUUUAGAUCGUGGAUAAAUAAAAUAAUUUAUUUAAGGUUAAAUUCAAGAAAUUGGUGGGUUAAUUAUUUUCAACUUACAAGGUCAAUCGUUUGAUGGUUUGAGGUUGGUCUUUAUCGAUCAUAUAAAUAUAAAUUUAUCACUUAUCUUCAAUUCAAACCUAUCGAUACGAGUGUGGAUGAAGCUGAUUAUAUAUGGCACACAAAGAGUAGAGCAGUUGAUCGAAUUUGUUUGCUUAAUCCAAAUCAAAAUGCAUACACUUCAUAGAAUGAAAAUGAGCGUAGUGUUGUUAUUUGAAAUGUAUAGUUUUUUUUAGUAGACUUUGAAACAAAAUCAUGUAUUAACUUUUCAAUUUGCUUCGUAAAAAAAAAAAUUCAAUUUGAUUUUCUCAAUUAUAAUCACAUAUAAUUUGUUUGAGUUUUUGGUGUCAUUUUGAAACACAAAUAGCACUCUUAGAACAAAAAAUAUAAUUUUAAUUAUCAAAAUACAUCCCUCGUGUAUAUACAUGAAAUUAAAUGUUGAACGAUGGCUAACCCUAAUAUUUAUUAACGAACUUAAGUCCAUCUUUAUACACACAUUCCAUAAACAAUACUACACAAAUUUAUUUAUAUAACAUAUUAUUGUUUUUUCUUCAACAUAUCAUUCUAUUGCACAACGUAACCCAGUGAUACAAUGAUAAUGUUCGCUAUGGAAAUCAACGUAAUACUUGUCCAAAGCUAUUAACCAACCACAAAUCAAAACCAACAUAACCCAAAGGGAACAAUUAAAGGGUCUUCCUGCCCUUAAAGGACCAAGAUAUAGAACUGACCCGCCUCGCCCUGUUUCCUUCUUGAUCUUGUCUGAUCGGAGCAGGUUGGUGGUUUGGCCCUAAUAAACAUACUGAUUUUAAAAACUUACAUUUGGUACCAAAUUAUUUUCUUAUAAUUUAGUACCUAAAAUUUAUUUUUUUACAAAUGGGUCCAUAAAAAUUAUUGGUAAAAUUACGUUUUGGUACUCACUUUUUUUUUACAAAUUAGUACCUAAACUUUUCAAACUUUACAAACAUAUCCAAUGUGUUGGUAUGAGAAAUUUCAUAAGACUAGUUGUUGCUAAGGCUCAUAGGAUCAAAAGCUGACCCGCCCCUAAGUUGCUUCGACCCUUACAGGGUCAAAAGAUAACCCAACCGUAAACUGACUCUAUAGACAAAUUGAUCCAACCUGACCCUCAGAGUCAAGACGUAUCAGUUGGUUUUAAGGGUCAAAAUUACACCCCUAUUACUGGCCACUCAAUGUGCAAUCCAUCGACCAACAAAUUUCACUCGAUAACCUGCGCGCCCAAGCUGUCAAUAUCUUAACCUCCGUCACCACAACACACCCAUCACUUAAAAAACCUCGCCCACAUAUAUCUUAUCAUGCUUGUAAUACAUUACUGGGUUAAUAACAGACUUGCGGUGAAAGGUCUCUAAUAUAUGAAUAUCAUAUAUUGAAGAACCUCCUACGAGCUCUUCAACUAUGCUCUAAAGUAUUGGUGUUCAAGAUACAAAUUGAAUUUGUAAUAUAAGAUUAAGGGGCCG